ACCAGUCAAAGGGCAAAGCAGACAAUUUAUAUAAACUCAUCCGCCAACCAUAUUCCAGAUUAAAUCUCCGCCGUCCAUAAAGUCACUCAUCAUCUGUUCAAAUUCCACGCCAAUCAAAACUGUCACCAGUUAUCGGCAAAAUGAGUACCAGCGGCGGCGCCGUGGAGACGGUGGCGGUGGCGGUGAAGAGCGCCGACGGGAGAGGAAGCCGGCGGGCGGUGAGGUGGGCGGUCGAGAACCUGAUCGACAAAGUCGAUCGCCUUGUUUUGGUUCAUGUCAUGCCCGUCAUCACUUCCGUUCCCACUCCGUGUGGUAGCAUCUCCCUCAAGGAGCUUGAUGCAAGUGUAGCGGAAAUGUAUAUUCGAGAUAUGAUGCAAAAAUGUGAAGAAGAUCUUUUGACUUUUAAGCAUAUAUAUAGUACAGAAAAGAUGGAGACGCUGUUACUGGAAGGAGACAAUCCUGGCUAUGCUCUUCUAAGGAAACCCAAUUAUGAGGUGCCAUCAGUUGUUCUCAAACAUGCUCCUGAUACAUGCAACGUCUAUGUGAUCUCUAUUGAUAAGCUUGUGUCUAAUUCAUCGAACCCUAUGUUAAGAACUGGUACAGAUAUUGGUUCUCGUGCAUGUAGUAGACAAACAUCAGCGCUUUCUUCUGCACCUGCAGACUCCAUAUACCAUGACUGCCUCUCAGGCGCUAAUCGACCAAAGUCUCAUGCAUCAACGUCUAGUUUCUCUUCUUUUUAUUCACAUGAUCUUCAAGAAAACUCCCCUCAAGCCUCAGAAGAUAGUUUCUCAGAUAUACCCAGGAACAAAAGAUUUCCAUUCAUUUCUUCGUCCUGCUCAGAGCAGUCAGAAAUUCAGGCUGAAAUAGAACAACUGCGUCUAGAGCUGGAGAACACCCUGACCAUGUAUAAUCGAGCUCGCCAAGACUUAGUCCGUGCACAAAACAAGGUCCUGUUGCUUUCUUCUGAAUGCACUCAAGAAGCACAGAGAGCAACUGCUGCACGGAAAAGGGAGCAGGAUCUAAGGAAAAUUGCUGCUCUGGAGAAAGAGAAAUACCUGGAAGUCGAGAAGGAGGUUGAGACUGCAAAAGCACUUCUAGCGAAAGAGUCAUAUGAAAGGCAGAUGGCUGAACUGAAAGCCCGUCAAGAGUCGCUCGAAAAGAAGAGAAUUGCUGAUGCAUUAUUAUCUUGUGAUCAGAGGUACCGAAGGUACACGAGAGAUGAUAUACACAUGGCGACUGGCUUUUUUGCUGAGGAUAUUGUGAUUGGUGAAGGAGGAUAUGGUAAAGUUUACAAGUGCAGCCUUGAUCACACCUUAGUCGCUGUGAAAGUUCUUCGUCCUGAUACGUCCGCUGGCAAGGAGGAAUUUCUGAAAGAGAUAGAAGUUCUCAGCCAGUUGCGCCAUCCCCACAUAGUCCUACUCAUCGGGGCCUGUCCCGAACUCGGCUGCAUCGUGUACGAAUACAUGGAAAACGGAAGUCUCGAAGAUCACAUUCUUAAACGAAACAACAGACCUCCUCUCCCCUGGCCCGUCAGAUUCCGCAUUGCCUUCGAAAUAGCCUGUGGCCUCGCCUUUCUCCACCACGCGAAGCCUGAACCCAUUGUCCACCGCGACCUAAAGCCCGGAAACAUUUUACUCGACAGGCAUCUCGUCAGCAAAAUCGGGGACGUGGGCCUGGCGAAAAUAAUUUCCAAUGUCGUCCCUGACAAUAUAACGGAAUAUCGAGACUCUGUUGUGGCCGGUACCCUUUUCUACAUAGACCCUGAGUACCAUAGGACAGGUACCCUCCGCCCGAAAUCUGAUCUCUACUCUUUGGGAGUGAUAAUUUUGCAGCUGUUGGCCGCUCGUCAUCCCAAGGGGCUUAUAGGAAGAUUCGAGAAUGCUGUUAAGAAUGGUACGUUUGCGGAUGUUCUUGAUAAGUCGGUUUCUGAUUGGCCACUGGCCGAAGCACAAGAACUGGCACUUGUUGCACUCGGGUGCUGCAAACUCAGGUGUAGAGAUCGACCAGACCUUGAUAUGGAGGUUUUGCCGGUUUUGAAAAGGCUUGCUGAAUUUUCUGGUUCUAGUGGCUCGAGUGAGAGGGAUCACAGACGGGCUCCUAAACACUAUUACUGCCCAAUCCUUCAGGAAAUAAUGGAUAAUCCUUAUGUAGCCGCUGAUGGUUUCACGUACGAGCAUGAUGCGAUAAAAGCGUGGGUCGACAGACACAGUGUAUCUCCUGUGACGAAACAGAAACUGCCACAUAAGAUGCUAACUCCCAAUCAUACUCUGCUUUCUGCUAUUCAAGACUGGAAAAAGAGCGCAACGUCAUCAAGGGCAUGAAUGGGACAAAAGCUAUUGCACAUGAAAGAUAUUGGUAUGAUAGACACACACACACACACACAAUCACAUAUGUGUAUAUAUAUAUAUAUAUAUGUUCUUGAAGUUGCUAGAAUCUAUACCUUGUUUCUGUAGCUGCCAUAUAUUAGAGAAUUAUGUAUAGUCAGACAUUAAGCAUCUUAGGUUGCACAUACCCAUGGAACGUAGGUGACCAUAUUCGUCUUGUUGUAAGUUUACAUAUUUGGCAAUGUUCUUCUCUACUGCAGAGAGCACAUUGUUCUAAAUUUGUUUAAUAAUUCUUGAUCAGGAUCUUCUUUAUUAGGAUUUCAGUACUUACAGGUAUAAAAUAUACAGUUUCUUAUUUAUUAUUUCAUAUAUAUUAUUCUUUAGUUCUGGCAUAUAUAUUGCACCCUCUUGCUCUCUCCAGAAUUGGUUCAAGGUAUAUAUAUUAACUAGUCCAUGGCCGGUGCAUGUAAACAA